AUGGGCCUAACAGCCUGUUCCGAAGCACCGGCAGUGACCCCCAAAGAGAGGCAAGCAUUGUUGCGCUUGGAAAUGGCCUUCGUUAAAGGACUCAAAGCGGAAAAAAUGAUCCAACAAAAGUAUCGCAUUGUUGGAUAUAUUAUCGUAUUUAUCAACAUAAUUUCUACUAUAUAUCUCUAUAACUAUGUACAGAGAGAGCGUUCUGAAGGGUUACACUUUGAACAUGUUUACAUUAAGGAUGUGAUAUUGCCCCUUAGUACAAUUCUACUCAUGAUGAUAUUUUUCUCAAAUAACCCAUGUCGUUCGAAUUUGAUGUCUGCCAGAAUAUAUUUGAAAAGGUUAAACAAUUCUCUGAAUGAGUUUAACCUCUAUUUUUGUGGAAGACGUCAAACACUGUAUGUUGUGGAUUAA